GCAGUGUUUGUGCCGAUAGUCGUCAUCUCCACAUCUCUCUCAGAUCUUUUACAAUUCAUUCUUUAAUCCUCGCCUUAGCCAUUAGCCAUUAGCCAAUGGCGAUUAUGUCUUUUAUUUUCGCUUUCUUCUUUUUCUCUUCUCUACAACCGAUCCUUUCUCUUUACGAAGAUCAAGUAGGCCUCAUGGAUUGGCAUCAGCAGUACAUCGGGAAAGUGAAGCAAGCAGUGUUUCACACUCAUAAAACUGGUCGAAAACGAGUCGUAGCAUCCACCGAACAAAACAUUAUAGCUACACUCGAUCUUCGCAGCGGCGAGAUUUUUUGGAGACAUGUGCUUGGACCUAAUGAUGUUGUCGAUGGUAUUGACAUUGCUCUGGGAAAAUAUGUCAUUACCCUUUCAUCAGGAGGAAGUAUUUUAAGAGCAUGGAAUCUUCCUGAUGGGCAGAUGGUGUGGGAAUCUUCACUUCAUGGUCCAAAGCACUCAAAAUCACUGUUGUUAACGACAAAUUUGAUUAUUGAAAAGGACAAUUCACUCAUCGUUUUCAGCAAUGGUCGCCUUAAUGCUGUUUCUUGCAUCGAUGGUGAGGUUCUUUGGAAGAAGGAUUUUGAAGAAGAAAGCCUUGAGGUUCAGCAGGUAAUUCAGCCUCCUGGCAGUGAUUUCAUAUACGUUGUAGGAUUUGCUGCAUCAUCCCAGUUUGAGACGUAUAAAAUCAAUGCCAAGAAUGGAGAGUUGCUGAAACAUGAAAGCACAGCCUUCUCUGGCCGGUUUUCGGGAGAAGUUUCACUAGUUUCUAGUGAGACAGUUGCGGCUCUAGAUUCCACAGGGUCAAUUUUGCUAACAAUAAGUUUUCACAAUGGGAAAAUUAGUUCUCAACAGACACCUGUUUCAAAUCUUUUAGAGGAUUCUCCGGGACUGGCAGUCAUAAUACAUUCAUCGGUCACAGGAAUAUUUGCAAUUAAAACUGAUGCAGCUACUAUAUUUAUUAGAGUGAUAGGUGAAGGCAAGUUAGAAGUGGUGGAAAAAACAAAUCAUGAAACAGUCGUUAGUGAUGCUCUCUCAAUCUCUGAGGGCCAACAAGCAUUUGCAUUGGUUCAACAUGCAGGCAGCAAUAUUCAUCUCACAGUCAAGCCAGCACAUGAUUGGGAUAGUAAUUUGCUUAAAGAAAGCAUUAAAAUGGACCAGCAACGUGGGUUCGUCCACAAGGUUUUUAUAAAUAAUUAUAUCCGAACUGAUAGGUCUCAUGGAUUUCGGGCUUUGAUUGUGAUGGAAGAUCAUUCAUUGUUGUUAUUACAACAAGGUGCAAUUGUCUGGAGCAGGGAAGAUGGUUUGGCAUCAAUAAUUGAUGUAACUACUUCAGAACUCCCUGUGGAAAAGGCUGGUGUAUCUGUCGCAAAAGUGGAGCUCAACCUCUUUGAAUGGCUUAAGGGACAUGUGCUGAAACUUAAGGGUACACUAAUGCUUGCAACCCCUGAAGAUAUAGCUGCCAUACAAUAUAUGAGGUUAAAAAGUUCUGAGAAGAGCAAAAUGACCCGAGACCACAAUGGCUUCCGGAAGCUGCUCAUAGCACUAACAAGGGCAGGGAAGCUUUUUGCCUUGCAUACUGGAGAUGGACGCAUUGUCUGGUCUCACUUGCUACAGUCUCUACACAAGUCUGAAUCAUGUCGACAGCCAAUAGGACUUAACUUGCAUCAGUGGCAGGUUCCCCACCAUCAUGCUUUGGAUGAAAAUCCAUCUGUGCUUGUAGUUGGAAGGUGUGGUCCAAGUUCAGAUGCACUAGGUGUACUUUCUCUUGUUGAUUCUUAUACAGGAAAGGAGUUUAGUUCUUUACGUCUUGUUCAUUCCGUUGCGCAAGUUAUUCCGCUGCCAUAUACAGAUUCAACAGAGCAGCGACUCCAUCUCCUAAUCGAUGCUGAUAAGCAUGCACAUUUAUACCCCAAAACUCCUGAGGCUAUUGAUAUUUUCCAAAGUGAGUUUUCAAAUGUAUACUGGUACUCAGUCGACGAUGAUAAUGGUAUCAUCAAGGGGUAUGCUUUGAAGACCAAGUGCAGUGGCAAUGUGGCUGAUGAGUUCUGCUUUGACUCUAGGGAGUUGUGGUCAAUUGUGUUGCCCUCUGAAUCAGAAAAGAUCAUUACAACUGCCACUAGAAAAUUGAACGAGGCGGUACAUACUCAAGCAAAGCUUAUAGCAGACCAGGAUGUCAUGUAUAAAUAUAUAUCAAGUAAUCUACUUUUCGUGGCAACUGUUGCACCCAAAGCCAGUGGUGAAAUCGGAUCUGUUACACCAGAAGAAUCAUGGUUGGUUGUAUAUCUUAUCGACACUGUAACGGGUCGUGUAUUGCACCGUAUGACUCAUCAUGGUUCACAGGGCCCUGUCCAAGCUGUUUUAAGUGAGAACUGGGUAGUCUACCACUAUUUCAACCUUAGAGCACAUAGAUAUGAGAUGUCGGUCAUCGAAAUUUACGACCAGUCUCGAGCUGACAACAAAGAUGUUUGGAAGCUUGUUGUUGGAAAUCACAACCUUACUUCACCGGUUUCUUCAUAUUCUCGAGCAGAGGUCAUAACGAAAUCACAGUCCUACUUUUUCACCCAUUCAUUGAAAGCUAUAGCAGUGACAUUAACAGUAAAGGGUAUAACUUCAAAACAGCUUCUCAUUGGUACGAUUGGUGAUCAGGUUUUGGCACUGGACAAGCGUUUCCUGGAUCCACGUCGAUCAGUUAACCCCACACAAGCAGAGAGAGAAGAAGGCAUUAUACCACUAACAGAUUCAUUGCCAAUCAUUCCUCAGUCUUAUAUUACACAUAGCCUUAGAGUGGAAGGUCUUCAAAGUAUAAUAACAGUGGCGGCGAAGCUAGAAUCAACAACACUAGUGUUUGCACAUGGAUUGGACCUGUUUUUCACACAUUACGCACCUUCAAGGACCUAUGAUUCACUCACUGAAGAUUUUAGUUAUGCCUUGCUUCUCAUUACAAUCGUGGCGCUUGUAGCCGCAAUCUUUGUUACUUGGAUUUUAUCUCAGAGGAAAGAACUACAAGAUAGAUGGAGAUAAUAAGAAGUAAGUCUCCGCUCAUUACAGUUUCCUACUGAAUUUUCCUUUUCCUUUUUCUUUUUUAGAUUUACGGGAUUUAGAUUUAUGAUUUGAAUGCUAUUUUUUUAUUCUGAAAUUUUUGUAAAUCCGAAAUUAGGAAUUUAAAUAACAAUGAUAAUAAUAUUAUGAUCAUUAUUUCGUGGUUUUAA